CUACGCCGGUUUUUUUGGCCGAGAUAAAUAAUGAAUGUGUAAAUAGAUAAUGUUAAGUAGUUCUUCGCAACGAUCAGGCUUUCUUUGAUCAAAUUUAUCAGAAUGAUAGACGUGAAAUACGUUACUGAUGUUUUGUAUGGAGGUGUCGACUUCACUUUGCCCGGAAACGGCGGUAAAGAAUGCGCCGAGUUCUUGCCUCUGGGGCAGAGAGUUGUGGAAACUGUAGUAUACGAACUCUUUACUAUCUUGGUGUUCUGGAAAAUGUUAGGGAAAGUUUCUGUACCAGAAGAUUUGCCGGCGUACAGAGAAGGUAGUGGAGUUGGUAAAAGACUUCUUUUGGUCGUACACUGCCUCGUGUUUGGGAUAGAAAUUGGUUUCAAAUUUGCCACCAAGCAGGUUAUUUUCCUCCUCAAUCCUUGUCAUGUUAUAACAGCGAUUCAGAUAUAUCUGUUAGUUGAACCUCCAAGUAAACGUGUCUUAUGGGUUUUUAGGAUUCACAAUUACUUAUUAUUUGGUGCUCUUCAAGCAAUCCUGUUUCCUGUUGUCAAUACUAGAUUGUUACCAUUUGAAGUUGCAACUUAUUGGAUACAGCACACCCUUAUUCUCAUUGUUGUGCCUUUUUUUCUUGUUUCCCUUCAAGGUCCAUUUGUUUUGGAACCAGUGUGGGACUUCACAUGGGCAACUUUGACUUUUACCUUUUUCUCUUUUUAUAUGCUGCUGUUUCUCCAGCCACUAGGAAUGAUCCUUCAUAUAAACCUGAAUAACAUGGUUUGUCCAGCUGUUAGCGACCCAUUCAGUGGACCAUAUUAUCGAAUCAUAGCCUGCUGUCAUCAACCAUUGUUGAUAUUUUUAAUUGGAAAAAUAUUUUGCAUUGUUGGACACCAAUUUGUGAAAGCAUUGUAUGGGACAGAGGGGAAAAAAGAAGAAUGACUUUUCAGUGAUGAUAUUCAUAACUGUGAAUACUUACUGUUCAUUUAGCUGUGAUGCUUGCUUUAAACCUACUUAUUAAAUGCAUACAUACUGUUUAAUAGCCAAUUCUAAAUUAAUUUUAGUUUCAGUAAUUUUUUAGAAUACAGUAAAAUACACUGCUGCAUUGUAAGACAUUUGUUACACAUAACUGACUUGCAAUGCUUGUCAUUUUACAUAAUUAUCUGUAUAUUUCUAAGGUCAUUUUCACAAUUUAAGCUUUAGAAUGGGUAGUUAAAAAAAUUGUAAAUUGCUUCAAAGGAGAUUUAUGACUUCAAUAAUUUAUUGCACAAACAACUUGCUGCAAAACUCAGAAAACUAUAAACACCAGAAAUAUUAUGGAAAGUUGUUGUGUUCCAAAUGCUAAACUGGUGUGAGGAAACUAAACUGCAAACAGCAGCUGUAAUUGGUUUGGGGUCUUAACCCUUUAAUCCUUAAGAGUGACUGGCAUCUAAUUUCUCCUCACCAUAUCACCCCUGAAUCAAACAUUAAGGUCAGGAGAAUAAAGGAGCUGAUCACUCACUAGAGAAGAUCUUGAUUGUUAAGCAAAUUCUCCAUUUUGGCAUCUUAGGAAAUAUUUAGAGAACAGUAUGGAGAAUAUGCAUACUGAUGUUAGGGUGUAAAGGGUUAAGAUUUCCUCUUUUUUUGUAGAUGAAAUUUUGAUUGAUCAGUACAAACAGGUCGUUGACUUGUUAAAAUCAAAUCAAAGUGUUUAUAGUUUUCUGAAUCUCAUUGUAAUGAUUAUUCAAACAUUAUGGAAAACAACAUUACGUUGCUCUCUUUUUGUGUCCUUGUAUUUCGAAAUCCAGAAUUGCAUUAACUAAUGGCAAUAAAUAGAUUUUGUGGCUGA